CCCAGUGGAGGAGGGCUGCACCCCGUCGGUUUAUACUGUGGAAAUGCGGUCGUUUCUGCCGAACACAGCCGCUUUGGAGCUGGCCGUGCCGUGCUGGGCUUGAAGCGCCACACACGUGUGGGUUCGGGGCUGUGCUGCCGCCCGCGGCGCUUUGAGGGGGGGACGGGUAACACCGGCCAAUAAAACACCGGCUUUCUCCUUAUGGAAAGUAAACUCGGAUCAAGUGUCACAGCUUGUCGGCGCGCACGGUUUCGGGGAGCUGAUCGCUGGCAGCCCGCUGCACCCGGACGCUCCUUUUUGCAUAUUAGAUGUAGCCUAAUUUAAAGUUAACUCGCGUUCCGCGGUACGGAUCGUUUUCAGUGCACCUAGUCGGUCCCGUUUGUGUCCCGCUAGAAAUCCCGGAUCGGUGCUGGAGCUGGUGCGACACGCCAGCAUGGCUCUGCGCCGGGCUCGGUGUCAGGACCGCCCGGACUCGGACCCGGACCGGGAACGGUGCUGGACCGAGCUCUUCGAGCAGCUGGACCUGAACAAGGACGGGCGGAUCGACGUGAACGAGCUGCGCACUGGCCUGGCCGCCCGGGGGCUCCUCCGGACCGCAGUGGAGGAGCAGAUCGUGGAGGCUGGUGACACCAACCAGGACGGCCAGCUGGACUUCCAGGAAUUCACAGAGUACCUCCGGGCCCAGGAGAAGCAGCUGAGGCUGAUGUUCCGCAGCCUAGACCGUAACGAUGACGGCUGCAUCGACUUGUCUGAGAUCCAGCAGUCCAUGCGCAGCCUGGGGGUGGAGGUGACCACAGAGCAGGCCUCCAGGAUUCUGCAGAGCAUGGACCAGGAUGGCACCAUGACCAUCGACUGGAACGAGUGGAGGGAUCACUUCCUGUUCAACCCCCUGCACAACAUGGAGGAAAUCGCCCUCUAUUGGAAGCACUCCCUGAUGUUGGACAUUGGAGAGCACUUGACCAUCCCUGAUGAGUUCACGGAGCAGGAGCGCAAGUCCGGGUUCGUGUGGAGGCAGCUGAUGGCUGGGGCCAUGGCAGGCUCUGUGUCCCGCACUGGUACCGCGCCCCUGGACCGGCUCAAGGUCUUCCUGCAGGUGCACGGCUCGGGUGCUGGUCGGGCGAGCGUGUGGAGUGGCCUGCGGGAGAUGGUGCGGGAGGGUGGCCUGACAGCCCUGUGGAGGGGCAACGGCAUCAACGUGCUGAAGAUUGCCCCCGAGACCGCCAUCAAGUUCCUAGCAUAUGAGCAGAUCAAGCUGCUGAUGAAGGGCGGCAAGGCGGGAGGGACCCUUGGCGUGCAGGAGCGCUUUGUGGCGGGUUCUCUGGCGGGAGCCACGGCACAGACCAUCAUCUACCCCAUGGAGGUGCUGAAAACCCGCCUUACGCUGAGGAAGACGGGUCAGUUCUCCGGGAUGGCCGACUGCGCCUGGCACAUCCUCCGCAUGGAAGGGCUGCGGACCUUCUACAAGGGCUACCUGCCCAACAUCCUGGGCAUCCUGCCUUACGCUGGCAUUGACCUGGCCGUCUAUGAGACCCUGAAGAACGCCUGGUUACAGAGGAACACUGCCAGUUCAGCAGACCCAGGGGUCCUUGUGCUGGUCGGUUGUGGCACUGUGUCCAGCACCUGUGGACAGUUAGCCAGCUACCCCCUGGCCCUGGUCCGGACCCGCAUGCAGGCCCAGGCCACUGCAACAGGCAGCCCCCAGUUGUCCAUGCUGGGCCAGUUCAGGACCAUUGUGUCCCAAGAAGGUGUGAUGGGACUUUAUCGCGGUAUCGCCCCAAACUUCCUCAAGGUCAUCCCGGCCGUCAGCAUUUCUUAUGUGGUGUACGAGCGGAUGAGGAGGGCCCUGGGGGUGGCUGUGGGCAGCUGAGGAUGACGCUGGCAGUGGAGGCAAGAGAGGAGACGGGGCUCUGAGAAGGAACAGAGGACAGGCGAGGACUCUGAUCUUCAGAAAGGUCACAAAGUGGAACGUCAAUGAAAAGGACUGUUUACUGUGUUUUACUCUGAUCCACCUCAUUCAUCGUUACACAAUUGCAAGUUCCUCAUUCUUCUGGUCCAGGUCAAAGUCUUCAUUCACUCCACAGGAGCUUUGUCGCAGGAAGCUGAGAUCCUAUACUUUCCCAAAAGAAUUAAGGCAAAAAAAAUGCAAUUACCUCAUUUCUGGUGCCAAGGAAUAUUUGAGACUCUUCCAAUUAGAUCUGGGGGGAAAAUCCAGCCUCUCAAAACUGUGUAACACUCCCAAAAACUCCCCCAAAAGACCCUGAAAGAAAGGUUUCCAAUAAUUGAAUUUGAGCGCUUUAAACAAAAUAAGGGUCCCUUUUGUAAGAGAAUCGCUGUGUGCUCUUAGUCAAAAAGCUAAGAUUGAUUCAUGGGAUGUGGUUCAGCCUGCGGUUAAUUAUUAAGUUGGAGGACUGUGACAGGCUUGGCACAGUGCUACAAAAUCUUGAGUUGGUCCUUCUAUCUGGAAGGCCAUGUGAAGGGUCCUGUGAGGCCACAUGUUUACAGUCCAUGGACGUGUGUGUGAGAGAGAGGAGGACAACUUCAGUCUGUACAUGCAGCAUGCAGAUGCCACUGCAGGGGAUACCAGUGCACUGCGUUAUACAAUCUGUGAAAAUAAGAUGCCAGCAAUGUGUCACUUUUACAUGAUGGAAAUAUUUAUUUAUAUACUUUAUGCACAUGUGCUCAUUUGCAUUAUGGGUUAGCACAGCGAGUGUGUGUGUGUCUGUGCAUCUCCAAUCAGCACAGUCCUCAUCUUUUUCUGCUGUGACAGAUAUCCAGGUCUGUCUGCCCCCCCCCCAAAUCCGCUGGUUGUUUCGGUUUUCCCACAGCAGGUGUCACAGGAAAAUUCGAAGAGCGACACCCGUGAGCGGCGCAGUGAUGUAGGUGGUUUUAGGGUUUCCCUGCCAAGGGCAAGUCUCGCGUCCAUCAUUGUGGGAACAGGAUUGGCCGCAAUGCCAUUGGCAGGUCACCUGGCUUGGCUGUCAGACCUGAAGGCAUCACAGUCCAAUGGGAACAGUGCUGUUCAUUCAUUCACACUAUUCUCAUUCAUCCUCACUGUAUCCAUUCACACUGUACUCAUUCAUCAUUACUGUAUCCAUUUACACUGUACUCAUCUUCACUACAGCCAUUUACACUCUACUCAUUCAUCUUCACUGCAUCCAUACUGAAUUUGUUCAAACAAUAUUAAUUUGCUCACUGUGUUUCAUUAAUUUAUUCCUUUAUUGUCAGUGAUUUCCCAGUAGUGUAUUCUUGCAGGGAUGGUUUGCAAUAAAAGUAAACACAUAAGACUA